CGACACCAACGACAACCCAUACCCAGUUCGCAGGAAGUGCCAUCAACACACCUCCAGCACUCAAAAUGGCCCGUCGUCCCGCGAGAUGUUACCGCUACUGCAAGAACAAGCCUUACCCCAAGUCCCGGUUCAACCGUGGUGUUCCCGACCCUAAGAUUCGUAUCUUCGAUCUUGGUCGUAAGAAGGCCAACGUGGAUGACUUCCCUACUUGCAUCCACUUGGUCUCCAACGAGUACGAGCAGCUGUCCUCCGAGGCUCUUGAGGCCGCCCGUAUUUGCGCCAACAAGUACCUUGUGAAGAUCGCCGGUAAGGAAGGUUUCCACCUGCGCGUCCGUGUGCACCCCUUCCACGUCGUCCGUAUCAACAAGAUGUUGUCUUGCGCUGGUGCCGAUCGUCUGCAGACCGGUAUGCGUGGUGCCUUCGGUAAGCCCCAGGGUCUCGUCGCCCGUGUGAACAUUGGCCAGAUCAUUCUGUCCGUCCGCACCCGUGACGCCCACCGUGCUACCGCUCUCGAGGCCCUCCGCCGCUCUAUGUACAAGUUCCCCGGUCGCCAAAAGAUCAUUGUCUCCAAGAACUGGGGUUUCACUCCCGUCCGCCGCGAGGACUACGUCCAGCUCCGCCAGGAGGGCAAGCUCCGCCAGGAUGGUGCCUACGUUCAGUUCCUCCGUGGUCACGGUCUCAUUGAGGAGAACAUGAAGCGCUUCCCCACUGCCUAUGAGAACGUCGAGAACGUCGCUUAA